AUGCCUAUUCUAAAUCCUUCAGUUCGCAUAUUCACAACCUACGUAAAGCCUUCCACUUUCUACACGAUCAAAGAAACACUACAGAUCUGGUUUAUGGCAGACAGAACAAAGGGCCAAAGAUUUGUGGUUGUCUUUACAAUUCCCAAGACUGCAUUUGCUCCCGUAGAGUGGCUUGAUGAGCCUUCAGCGGAAUGGCGAAGCCUCCCACUGACACCUUUCAAACAUAAAGUGAAAUCGGUCAAAGGUCUUCUCGACGGCUGGAGGAAAGCUGUCUCAAUUGUUCAGCUUCUUGAAGGGAUAACGUGGACAGAACCUCGCAACGGAUUGGAGACGCUAUCGCUUGGCGCAAGGGAAGUGAGGGAGCUCAAGAUUGACCACUCACAACAAACGUGUCGUUGGGUCCCCAGGAAAGCGAAAGGCCUUCAGCCCGCCCCAGCACUUGCCUCUUGGGAUGAGAACUUCAAGUUGAUGGUGGAGCAAUUUGGAAACGGUUUCACAAUCGUUGGAUGCGAUCCACCUGACAUCAAGGACAAAUUCUGGUCUGCUUUAGGAGUAGAUCUUGCAUGGCAAACCUUGGACGGGGUUUUCGGGUGCGAUUUUUGCAAGUACUCCGAGUCUUCUAGGAAGAUACACUGCGCGAGAUAUCCAAACCGAACUGAUACCUGGGUAUGCACUCGCUGUUCAAAGAUGAAUCGCCCCUGCACAUAUACUCCAAGAAGCGUGUCACUGGAACUCUGGGGAGAUGAUCCACCGUAUCUGGGAAGGUCAUCCAGCGGACUUCUCCACUGGGUAGCAGACAAGUUGACCUCCUAA